CCCUUAUGCUCAUCACUAUAGCCUAAGAAGACACACUCAACAGAUUGAGCGGUCAGUUUGGUGCGUCCGCGAGGGGCAAGAAGGACAUAACAAACACAACCAAACAAACGAAGCGCCGAGUAAUCGGGAGAACGAUCAAAGAGACGCUCGAAAGGAAUGCCACCCUGCAAGGCAGCGAAUGGCUGAAGGUUGAUGAGAUAGGUGGAAGUAGAGACAGCCUCAGCCCAAAAGUGAGGCGAAAGAGAGGCAGCGAUCAUCAUCGCACGAGCCGUCUCAAGAAGGUGACGAUGCUUGCGCUCAGCCACACUAUUCUGAGCAUGAGCACCAGAACAAGAGAACUGAGCAAGUGUACCCUGCUCAGCGAGAAAUCUACGCAACAUCUUGGAGAUAUACUCUCCAGCAGAGUCAGCACAGAACACACGAAUAGGCGUAGAGAACUGAGUGUGAAUCAUGGCAGCAAAACACUUAUAGAUAGAUAAGACCUCACUACGAGAAGACAUGAAAUAGAUCCACGUGUGUCGAGAGAAAUCAUCUAUAAAGAUAAUAUAGUAGCGAUGCCCCCCCCUUCGAGGCAAAGGGAGCUGGACCCCAAACAUUAGAAUGAAUAAGGUCAAAAGGACGCUGAGACACAGUCUCGCUAUGAGGAUAAGGUAACUGAACCUGUUUACCAAGCCGGCAACCCUGACAGUCUAAAGACACACCACCGGAGACGGAUCCAAGAAGACCACGUCGAACUAAGGAUGAGAGACGAGAGCCACAUAAAUGACCCAGACGGUGAUGCCACUGCUGAAAAGAGCUGGUAGACAAGGCAACAGAGGUGGAGAGACUGGCUGCGGUGGCAGCGGAUGGAAGGUGAAGCCAGUCAAGCUCCAGAGACCCUGAGAGUCACGAGCCGGGGGCCAGCACCAAGAAGAGCACCAGUGUGAUGGUCCAGAACUGAACAUGAGUCAAAGUCAAGAAUGACCCGACAACCAGAGUCAACAAUCUGGCCACCAGAAAUGAGCUGCAUGGUAAGCCAAGGAACAUGAGCAACAUCGGGAACAUGAAAAGAUGAAGUGCUAAGAGUGCCUCCGCCAGUAACCGGGAGAGAAGUACCAUCGACAAUAAGAACAUGAACAUGAGAAUCAAGAGGUCGAGUAGAUGAAUCAUGAGUCAUAUGAAAAGAUGCUCCAGUAUCAAGAAUCCACGGAGAUGUACGUGCUUGUGUAGAAGGUGGUCUCACAAUGCCAGAAGAGUCCGUAGCAGAAGCAACAAAACCUGUCGAUGAAGAACCAGAAGAUGGAGCGAGCAGACAUCAAAAUCGCCCAAUCUCCUGCUCAGUCAGGGGCGUAACGGAAGAUGUCGAUGCAGACACACCCGACAAUAGAGAGUCAGAGACAAUCAGCAGGGCGCGAAGUCGCGUAAUCUCGUCCUCGGUGAAGUACAUAGCUGAAGUAGGCGGCGUAGUAGCAUCGGGAGAGGAGCAGCCACCACCGCCCGUGGAAGCCGCUAGAGGUCGUCGUGUAGCAUAACCAGUAGCACCCACAAGAGCCGAUGAAGGAGACGAGGGCGCAAACAGACAAGCCCCAAGUGCCAAGGGAAGGCGCAUGUCGAUGAAGUCAUAUGCACCAAUACAGUCGAUGAGAGGAGUCGGUGUAGAGAGACAAUCACCGGUAGAAGUCACGGAAAGAGUCGAUGUAGAGUGACAAUCACCGAUAGGAGUCACAGGAAGAGUCGAUGUAGAUCGAUAAUCACCAUGUGUGGAGGUCCCAAGAGUCGGAGAAGAGCGACCCACACAGUCGGCGAAAGACCGCAAACAGAAUGACGUCAGAGACGAACGAGCACCAUGCUGAAUCGAGAGACAACGCAUGGGCGAGACGGAAGCAGGGUAGGAAACACCCUCAAACGCCAUGGAUGGACAAGUGGAAGGCACCAUUUUCUUUUAGAAGCCAUUUUCCUAACAUGGCUUGGUGGAAAUCGAUCGCCUGUUGGCUGGUUCGAGCGGAGCUGCGGGAGAACCAGCAGGAUCGAUCCAAUCGGGACGAGCAGAAGGAGGAGAUCGAGGCCGACGGCUUCGAUCGGGGAGGAGAGACGGAUCAAUCGCACGAGUUGCAGUGUGCAAAAAAUUGACCUAGCUCUAAUACCAUGUUAGGAAAUACGCAACUUGUAUUCCCAUGAGGCCAUAGGCCGAUGUAUAGACAUGUACAGGUGUGGAAUAUAUGCAGGAAACCCCUUAUACAAUGGGAUAAGUACAAAAGGGUACAUGGCUAUAUUAUACAUACUCUAACAGAUACUCCCUUCUUAUUGCCACCAAGCAGCUGUUACAGCCAAGUAGCUGAUACAACCAUGGCUAGUUCUAGUGAUACUAAUGCAGUUCUGGUUCAAGAUGUCAAAAAAUUAGAAGUCAGAGAAAAAUUACUUGCAACACAUUUUUCAGUUUUACAACUGGAACAUCAAUGAAGAGAAGGCCAGAGCCCCAGCUGCCGCUAAGUUGUGCGCACACACAAAACCAAAUUAUGUAUGUGCAUGAACCAACACAUGAGGGAUAGUAGAAUUAUCGGUGGACUGUUUUUCUGGUAAGACAAAAGGAAAUGUUCACAAGGCCUGUACUUGAGUAAUCACACAGUUGAUUUAGAUUGGAGGGGAAGUGUAUGGGAUGAUGUCUAGUUUGCGUGCAACGAAAAAGUUUUUUCUGAUUUGUCCCAGGAAGUCAAGUGCCAAUCAAAGAUAGAUUGUUUUCCAGAUUGAGGAUAUGUUUGAUUUGAUCCCCAACAGCUACCAAAUUACACGGGUCAAUUUUUUGGCGCCAAUCCAAACAGCUACGAAACACACGGGCCAACCAAUUUUUUGGUAGGGUCUGCUUUGGUAGUAAUCCAAACAGGCCCUGAGUCUUUGUCUCCUUUUUAUUCUAGGUGUGAGAUAGAAAUUUGUCGGUUGGUUGUACUAUAUAAUAGGUACAUAUGCCAUUGCAAUGAUAAGUUGCAAGUUGAUGAAUUAGAUUGAAGGUGUGCUUUAGGGUACAACCAUUAUCAUUUUUUCAGAGAAUCUUGACAAUAAUCCACGAGUUUUGGAGAAAGCUUUAUUAAACCUUUGGGCCAUCUGUGGGGAAUUGUCCUGAUACGUGAAUUGCUAGGUUUAAACCCUCUAGGCCUCUACUUUGUGUACAUUGUGCGCGCGAGCGAGAGGCCUUCCCGCACGUUGUCGCUGUUUGGACCAGCUUGCAGGACCGUGGAAAAUUUGGAGUUGGGCUGCAACGAUUUUUCAGAGAAGGGCAUAUAGAUGUGUUGGGGCAAAGUGACUUUAGGAGGAGAAUGUGGAGGGUAAAAAAUGUUUGGGCAGUGCCACAAGGGCUUACUGGUGAGGUGGUGUGCUGAUGGAUCAUGUAUGUGUUAGAUGUGUAUAGUCCCUUUGGUGUAUAUCCCCAUUGUAUAAGGGGUUUUCUUGCCUUUUACCACUUGUAUAAGUACUGGCCCUUGGCCCCCUGUGAAUGUUAGUUGUUCAUUCCUAACAUGGUAUCAGAUGCUUAGGUUCUCCUCUCGCAGCUGCAGCUCCGUGCUCUCCCCCUCCAUCGCCGCCGUCGCUGCUAGCUGCCUCUAGCUGCUCCGGCCGCUCCGCUCCCCCUCGUCCGGCCGCUUCGGCCGUUCUCUCCUCGUCGGGCUGUCCCGUGUCACCGGCCGCCUCCUUGCCUGGCCGCGCCCGUUGUUGCCAUCACCUCGACUGCCUUCGUCGCGGCCGACCGCCUCACGUCUGGUCCUGCCCGGAUCCGUCGCCGUUGGUUGCGCCUCGCCCGGCCUUGCACGGCUGCGCUGUCGCUGGCGCUCCCUGACGUGGCUGCUGCUCUCCGUGGCUGCUGCCACCACCUCCUCGUCUGGCCGCCGCCCCCUCCUUGCCCGGUCGCCGCUGGCACCUCCCUAUCGGGCCGCUACUCUUCCAGCCGCAGCUGCUGCCUGCCCUGACUGGUUGCAGCUGCCGCCGUCGCUGCGUUAUCCAGCAGCCAACUCGAGCUCGAUCCAGAUUUUGGUUGACCAAAAAAAAGAGAAGAAGAAAGCAGAGAGCUCAUCAUGUCUUCUUCGAGCUAUGUUGUUGUUCCUCGGUGCUCGGUGAUCUUCGAUGGCACCAACUAUGCUGAGUUUGUGGGCUUCAUGCGUGGUCUUCUGCUGUGGGGCGUUCUCUCUGGUGAACUCCCCUGUCCGCCAUGCCCUCUUGCUCCCGUGGCUCCUACCCCGCCGGUGCCGCCUGUUCUGGCUGCAAAUGCUUCUCAGGCUGAUCGGGAUGCAGCCAAGGUUCUUGAUGAUGUUGUGGUCGAUGCUUAUGAUCAACAUGUAUCUGCUUAUUCAGAUGCUCUUUCUGUCUACCGGGAUGAUCUGUCUGCUUAUACUCAGUGGUGCAAUGAUGAUGCUCGGGUUGCUGCUGUUCUCACUGUGAGUGUCCUCCCUCAGUUUGCCUCGGAGUUCAUGGGUCUCGGCACCGUUGCAGCAAUGUGGUCUUGUCUCUGUCAGCGCUAUCAGCCCUCUGGUGAUGCUCUCUACCUAUCUGUGGUGCGUCAGGAGCAUGCUCUUCAGCAAGGUGACUCUUCUGUUGAUGAGUUCUACACACAGAGUUCCGCUAUCUGGCGCCAGCUUGACUCUCUUCGGACAGCUGUUUGUGGCGCUUGCCGUUGUUGCCAGACUAUGCGGUUUGACUUGGAGUUUCAGCGUGUCCAUGAGUUCUUAGCUCGCCUCCGCUUCGAGUUUGAGCCUUGGCGUGCUCACUUGCUUGCUCGAGACCAUGUUCCUAUCAUAGAGGUUCUUGCUGAGCUUCGUGCCGAGGAGACUCGCCUUCGUUCUGCUGGGUUGCUUGCGGUUCCCUUUGUGUUGGCUGUCCGAGCUCCCGUGCCAUCUGCACUGCCACUCCUGCCCACACCCGCAGGGGGAUGGGUCGCCCUCCUUAUGCUGAGAAGGGCCGAUCGCGUCGUGAUACAGUCUGUGGCUACUGCUCCAGGUUAGGCCACCCAGAGGCUGAUUGUUGCCAGAAACAGCGAGACCAGAGGCACUCUUCCUCCAGUGGGAGUCCUGCAUCUUCCUCGACUCCGUCACUCACUGACCAGGACAUUAUCCGGCUCAAGCGCCUCCUGGCUUCUUCUGGCUCUUCAUCGACGGGUUCCGCUGCCGCUGUGACAGCUCCCACCCCUUCAUCACAAUCGGCACCUACACAGUCAGGUACAUCUUCGUGGGUUCUGGAUUCUGGAGCUUCUUUUCAUAUGACUUCUAAUUCUUCCAUGUUGUCUUCUCUUCAACCUCUUGAUUCGCCUGUUAAUGUUCUCACUGCCGAUGGCACUCCUCUUGCUGUUGCUAGUCGUGGCACUCUUUCUACUCCGUCUUUUUCUGUACCUAGUGUUUCUCAUGUUCUCCGUCUUACCAUGAAUCUUUUCUCCGCUGCCCAACUUACUGAUUCUGGUUGUCGUGUUAUUCUUGAUACCAACUCUUGCUCUAUUCAGGAGCUUUACACCAAAGCUCUGGUUGGUGCUGGCCCUCGGCGCCGUGAGUCGGAGGGUCUUUGGGAGGUUGACUGGCUUCAUGUUCCUUCCGCUGCCACCACUUCUGCCAGUUCUCAUGCUCUUACUGCCUCCUCUUCCGUGACCUUCCAACAGUGGCAUCAUCGACUUGGUCACCUACGUGGUUCCCGCUUGUCGUCGUUGGUGCGUCAGGGUGUCUUAGGUGAGUUAUAAUAUAAGUCAUGUACCCUUUUGUAUUUAUCCCGAUAUAUAAGGGGUUUCCUGCAUAUAGUCCACCACCUGUACAUGUAUAUAUACCGGCCUAUGGCCUCAUGGAAUACAAGUUGCUUAUUCCUAACACUGUAUUAGAGCUAGGUUAACUUUUACACGCCGCAACUCGUGCUGUUGAUCCGCUCCUCCUCGUCAUCCUCGUCGCCGGAUCCCGUCCAGAACCGACUCUGCUCUCGCGGCGGUUCCUGGACUUCAGGCGCCAAUCCGCUCCCUGGAUCUCGCCCAGCCUCGAUCCGCCAGGAUCCAGCGAGAAGCCGUCUUGGAUCGAUCUCUGGGAAGGCCGGCCCCUCUUUUUUUUAGCUUCUGGUGAGAAGGCUCCGUCUCGUACCAAUCUUUGGUAGCGCCUCCUCCUGCUACCGAUCCAAUCCAGACGGGAUCGCGUGCUUCCUCCUGCUGCCGAUCCAAAUCCAGACGGGAUCCAGAUCGAGUGCCUCCACCUGCUGCCGCUCCAAAUCCAGACGGGAUCCAGAUCGAGCGCCUCCUCCUGCUGCCCAUCCAAAUCCAGACGGGAUCCAGAUCGAGCGCCUCCUCCUUCUUUGACUUCGAUCGGGACGCAAGUCGCCGCCUCGUCGUCUGCUUUGCUCCGCCGGCCCUCUCUGAUCUGCAGCUCCUGUGAGCUCUAGACGGGAUCUGCUUCAUCCGGCUACGUUGUUGUUCCUCGUUGUCCGGUGAUCUUUGAUGGCACUAAUUACACCGAGUUCAUUGGCUUCAUGCGCAUUCACAUGCG